AUGGACGCUUCAAAAACGUUAGUUGUCGAUAAUGGAACGGGGUUUGUCAAGGUCGGCUAUGCUGGUUCCAACUUUCCCGAUUAUGUAUUCCCUUCUGUCGUUGGAAGACCAAUCCUUCGUGCAGAAGAAAAAAUUGGCAAUGUAGAAGUGAAAGAUAUCAUGGUUGGUGACGAAGCGGCUAAACUUCGAUCAAUCCUACAAAUGUCAUAUCCGAUGGAAAAUGGGAUUAUAAAGAUAUGGGAGGACAUGAAACAUUUGUGGGAUUAUACUUUUAAUGAAAAAUUAAAAGUGGAUCCAAGGGAUUGUAAGGUUUUGUUGACAGAACCACCAAUGAACCCAACGAGUAAUAGAAAAGAGAUGGUACGGAUGAUGUUUGAAACUUAUGGGUUUCAAGGAGUUUAUGUAUCUAUUCAGGCAGUACUCACUCUGUAUGCUCAAGGACUUCUGACCGGAGUCGUGGUAGAUUCUGGUGAUGGUGUGACACACAUUGUUCCAAUUUAUGAUGGGUUCGCCUUGCCACAUCAAACACGUCGAUUAGAUGUUGCCGGGCGGGAUGUGACGCGUUAUCUUAUAAAGUUACUUUUGUUAAGAGGAUAUGCUUUCAAUCGAACAGCGGAUUUCGAAACUGUUAGACAAAUUAAAGAGAAACUUUGCUAUGUAAGUUAUGAUAUUCCUUUAGAUCAAAAAUUGGCAACUGAAACCACAGUCCUUGUAGAAAAUUACACGUUACCUGAUGGUCGAGUUAUCAAAGUGGGUUCCGAACGAUUUGAGGCUCCCGAGUGCAUGUUCCAGCCUCAUUUGGUUGAUGUAGAAAAGCCGGGUGUUGCAGAAAUGCUUUUUGAAGCAAUUCAAGAUGCAGCUGUAGAUGUUCGUCCUGAAUUAUAUAGGCAUAUUGUUUUAUCUGGAGGAUCAUCUAUGUACCCUGGUUUACCAAGUCGUCUUGAAAAAGAACUUAAACAGCUGUAUUUGGUUAAUGUAGCGAAAAAAGAUACUAAAAUAUUGAAGGUAAAAAUGCGUAAACAUAUGGUUUUCCUUGGUGGUGCUGUUUUGGCUAAUAUUAUGAAAGAUAAACAUUCAUGGUGGGUCACAAAACAAGAAUGGGAAGAAGAAGGUGAAAAUUCUCUGAACAAAUUAGGACUUCACGGUUCAACUUGA